GUGAUGCAGUGGGAUGCGCCGAAUCUGUACGAGUGAUCUCCAAGGCGCAACAGAUCAAGGCCUUUCUGUCGGAUGACGAGGAUGCCCGCUCGCUUCAGCCAGAGGUGAUGGUGACGCAGGAGCUAGAGAAGGCCAAGGCAAGUAGCGACCGCGCCGCGCAGGCGAUUCUUUAUUUGGCUCUGUGCGAGAUCCUGUCCUUCGGCACUGCCGAUAAAGGCGCUCCCAGCCGGGCCAUGCGAGACAAGGCCCUGGAGGCCGGUAACGAGGCCGCGGAUCUUUUUCAAGGUCUUGCCGAGACCAGGAUGCAAGCGCUGGCCAAGCUGGAGGUCUCCCUUAUUCUGUCCAAAGGUGCCUCACCGAAGUCAGCUUUCCAGGCAGCCAGCGAGGCUUUGGAACUAUUGGACCGGCUGGGCGACAAGCAGGGAAUGGGCAGAGCGCUGUACGCCAUUGCCGUUUCCCACGUAGUAGCCAAGGACUAUGCUGCGGCCAUGACGAAAGGACUCGAGGCUCUUGAGCUUGUCCGUGCUGCGGGAGACAAGAGGGCGGAGGUGGUGCUGCUGCAGACCUUGGUCUCCUGGGGCCUUGUGCAGGACAAGCCGCACAAAGCCUUGGUCAUGGCCAAGGAGGCGAUGGCACUGCAGCUGGAGCUUCAGGCGCCGCCGCUGGAAGAGGCAAAGGCCUGUCUCUUGCUCGUGGACGCGCUGGCUGGUGUUAAGAAGGUGCGGCGGGGUUUGAAGGCAGCGGAGGAGUGCCUAGACCGCCUCAAGAAGGCGGGUGACCGGGCCAACGUGAUUGGGCUGGUUGUGGUCGCCCGGGCCCAGCUGAAACGUGACCAUCCAGAGCUUGCGCUCACGGCGAUGGACGAGGCAAUCGACAUUGCUCGCGAGAUGGGCGACCGGCGCUUGGAGCUGCUGUUGCAGUACUCCCAUGCCGAGGUGAAUGUCCAGCUCCAGAGCCGGGCCGACGCCCUGGAGGCUGCGGAGGAAGCCGCGGCCAUCGCUCAGGAGCUUCGGGAUGCGAGAGAGGAAGGAGAUGCCGAGAUCCUUCUGCUGUCUGUCCUUGUCAGAGGCACCCUGGACAGGGCCUCCUUAGUGAAGGCCCUGGCUGCAGCCAAGAAAGCACGUGGGCUCUACCAGAGGGCUGAGUACAGGAUGGGCGAAGCAACUGCCUUGCUCCACCGGGCAUCCAUCCUGGGCGUGGACUCUGCAUCUUCCAGUGCCCAAGAAAUGCUGCAGGUAGCGACCGAAGCGCAUGAUAUAUUCGAGGAGGAAGAGUUUAUAGCUGGCCAGUCGGCAGCACUGCAACAAGUCGCUGAGGCGCAGCUCGCGAAGGAGGGCUACGACGAGGCGGCCCAGGCCGCGAGGGACCGGCGGGCCAUGUGGAAGGGCCUUGGCUGCCGGAAGGAGGAGGGCGAUGCUGUCCUGCAGCUGGCCAGGAUUUAUCUUGGCAGCACGGACUAUGAUGCGGCAGAGAAAAGCGGGCUGGAGGCCCAGAAGAUUUUCCAGGAGGUGGGGGACAAGGCAGCGGAGUCGGUGGCCUGCGUGCACCUGGCACAGGCGUGCCUGAAGAAGAUGAGCAGCGAGGCAGAAGGUGAGACAAAGGAGGCGCUGGCUUCGGCGUCGUACCGCAACUCUGCUGAGAAGGCGAUGCGGGCAGCCAACGAUGCGAUUACUGCUUGCCGGCAUUUGAACAGCAAGCAGCUGCGCGCCGGCGCCCUCUUCUGGCGCGCCCAAGUCCUGGGCUUCCGGGGCCGCCUGGAGGAGGCCUUCCGGGUUGUCAUGGAUGCGGAGAAGUGCUUUGAGAGCAUCGCCGCUGGUAGUGCCAUGGUCCAGUGUAAGGUUCUGGCUGCGGACUGCCUCGCAGGUCUCAAGCACUACGACGAGGCCAAGGAGGUGGUGCAGCAGGCAUUGAAGCAAGCCGCCGGUCUACAUGAUCGCCAGGCCGAAACGCAGGCAAAGAGCUGCCUGGAGCGCAUCGACAAGGCGGAGAAGAAGAGCAAAGAGGUGGUGGCGCCGCCUGUCCAGCAGGCCAUUGCCGCGGAGACGCUGGGCCACAAGCCCAGGCGGCAGGCAGGACCGUUUGCCCUGGACUUCCGAGUCGGGAAGGUAGGGACUGGAGCGGCAGACAUCGAGUACGAGCAGUUCAUGAAGGCUAAGGAGGUCCAGCGAGCCAUGUUCCAAGCAGAAAACAAGACCAUCGUGCACCAGUGUGCGGACACGGACAUCAUUGAGGCAGCGGAGGGUUCCGUGGCCUGCAUCGACGGGAACCAGGCGGCAGCACAUGUGGCCUACGCCCUCAGUGACUGCGCCUUCAUCUACCCCAUCACCCCCAGCUCCCCCAUGGGCGAGAUGGUGGACGAGUGGGCAGCGCAGGGCCUCAUCAACUGCUAUGGUCAGAAGCUGUCCGUCACGGAGAUGCAGAGCGAGGCCGGCGCCGCCGGGGCGCUGCACGGGUCUCUGAAGGCAGGGGCCCUGGGCACGACCUUCACGGCCAGCCAGGGCCUGCUGCUGAUGAUCCCCAACAUGUACAAGAUCGCCGGGGAGCUUCUGCCCUGCGUGAUGCACGUGGCGGCCAGGGCGUUGGCGGGGCAGGCGCUCUCCAUCUUCGGGGACCACUCCGACGUCAUGGCGUGCCGCGCCACCGGCUGGGCGAUGCUGGCCUCCGAGUCCGUGGAGAUGGCGCAGGUGAACGCUUUGGUGGCGCACCUGGUGAGCAUGGAGCGGCGGGUUCCGGUGCAGCACUUCUUUGACGGCUUCCGCACCAGCCACGAGGUGAACAAGGUGAAGCUCAUCGACUACCAGACCAUGAAGAGUUUCAUCGACUGGGAUGCCAUCAAGGAGCACCAUGACCUGGCCAUGAACCCCCGGCACCCCCACGUGCAGGGCACCUCCCAGGGGCCUGACAUCUUCUUCCAGUGUGUGGAGGCGGGGAACACCUUCUACGACGGCCUGGCGGAUUUGUUUGAGGAGAAGGGCAAGUUGGUGCAGCAGAAGACGGGGCUCCACUUCGCCUUGUACGGCUAUGAGGGCCACCCGGAGGCGAAGCACGUGAUCGUGGUCAUGGGCAGCGCUGCCGUGACCUGCGGUGAGACCGCCCAGUACCUGUCCAAGGUGAAGGGCCAGCGCGUGGGCGUGCUCAAGGUGCGGCUGUUCCGGCCCUGGGACAGCAGCCGGUUCUUGGCGGCGCUGCCGAAGAUGACGGAGCGCAUUUGCGUGUUGGACCGCACCAAGGAGCCCGGCAGCCAGGGCGAGCCGCUGCUACUGGAGGUGGCCUCCACGUUGCACGCCAGCGCCCACUCGGAGAUCGUGGUGGUGGGAGGGCGCUAUGGCCUGGGCUCCAAGGAGUUCACGCCCAACCAGGUGCUCUCCGUCUUCGAGAACCUGGCCCAGGACACCCCCAAGCCCCGGUUCACCGUGGGCAUCCAGGACGACGUCACCCACCUCUCCCUGCCGGUGGGUCCUUGGCUCAACGUUCUGCCGGAGGGCACCACGGAGUGCAUGUUCUACGGCCUGGGCUCUGACGGCACCGUGGGCGCCAACAAGAGCGCGGUGAAGAUGAUCGCGCUAGGCACCCAGCUGCACGCCCAGGCGUAUUUUGAGUAUGACGCCAAGAAGAGCGGCGGCGUGACCAUCAGCCACCUCCGCUUCGGGCCUCAGCCCAUCCAUGCGCCCUACAACGUGCGUGCUGCUGACUACCUGGCGAUCCACAAGUCCAGCUACGUGCAGAACUACGACAUGACCCGGUACCUUAAGGAGAAUGCGGUGUGCGUGAUCAACUGCUCCUGGGAGGCCAAAGACCUCGAGAAGCAGCUGCCGGCCAAGAUGCGCCGGGAUCUCGCGGAGCGAAAGGCCAAGCUCUUCAUCAUCGAUGCCACCAAGAUCGCGGUGAAGGCUGGACUGGGGAAGCGCAUCAACAUGAUCAUGCAGACGGUGUUCUUCAAGCUCAGUGCCGUGAUGCCCUACGAAGAAGCUGUGGAGAUGCUGAAGAAGAGCAUCAAGAAGAUGUACGGCAAGAAGGGCGACAAGGUGGUGAAGAUGAACAUCGACGGCGUGGACGCCUCGAUUGAAGGCAUCGUGGAAAUCGAAGUUCCAAACAGCUGGGCCAGCUUGGCUGUGGAGGGUGAAGCCAGCGGUGCCACGGCGCAGAAGGUCAGCUAUGGCAAGGGCCCGCGCAUGUUCCCGGAGGUGCAGAGCGCCGAGCAGUUUGCCAAGCAGGUGCAGGGUCCCUGCAACAACCUGGAUGGCAACGCGCUGCCGGUGAGCGCCUUCAUGCCAGGGGGGCGGGUGCCUUUGGGCACCAGCCAGUAUGAGAAGCGCGGCAUCGCCAUCCAAGUGCCCCAAGUGGACAUGGACAAGUGCACGCAGUGCAACAAGUGCAGCCUCAUCUGCCCCCACGCGGCCGUGCGCCCAUUCCUGGUGACCUCGCAAGAGCUGCUGAAGGCGCCGCCAUCCUUCCAGGACGGCAGUCGUGGUGCCAUUGGGGGCGGCGUUCUGGACAGCUAUCGGUACCGCAUUCAGGUCUCGCCCUGGGACUGCACGGGCUGCGAGCUCUGCGUGCGAAUCUGCCCCGCAGACGCGUUGGCCCUCAAGCCGGCGCAGCAGAUGAUCCAGGAGGAGGCCGAGAACUGGGACUUCGCGGUGGCGCUCCCGGAGCGGGGCGAGGAGAUCGACAAGACCACGGUCAAAGGCUCCCAAUUCCAGAAGCCUUUUUUGGAGUUCAGCGGUGCCUGCGAGGGCUGCGGCGAGACGCCCCACGUGAAGCUCAUGACGCAGCUCUUCGGGGAGCGCCUGGUCAUCGCCAACGCCACGGGCUGCUCGAGCAUCUGGGGCGCGUCCAACCCGUCCUUCCCCUACACCGUGAACUCCAAGGGCGAGGGCCCGGCCUGGGCCAACUCCUUGUUCGAGGACAACGCAGAGUUCGGCUUCGGCAUGCGCAAGGCCUUCAAGCAGCGCAGGGACUACCUGGCGCUGCAGGUGGAGGACGCCUUGCAGGACUCCUCCGUGCAGAUGUCUGAGGAGCUGCGCCAGGCGCUGCAGCAGUACUUGGUCAUGCGCAAGGAGCAGAUGCACGACUUGCUGCUGCCCAAGGGUCGGAGCAUCUAUCAUCAGAUCAUGGAGAAGUUGGUGCCACUGCUGGAGAAGGAGAAGGGCAACCACACCAAGAUCCACAACUUGUUCGACUUGGAAGACAUGUUCGGCCGCAGCAGCUUCUGGAUUGUGGGCGGGGACGGCUGGGCUUACGACAUCGGCUACGGGGGCCUGGACCAUGUGAUUGCCUCCGAGGAGCACGUGAACAUCUUGGUGCUGGACACGGAGAUGUACAGCAACACGGGAGGCCAGGCCUCCAAGGCGACGCCCAAGGGCGCCAUGGCCAAGUUUGCGGAGAGUGGGAAGGUCACCCAGAAGAAGGAGUUGGGGCAGAUGGCCAUGACCUACAAGAACGUCUACGUGGCGAGCAUUUGCGUGCACGUGAACCCGCAGCAGGCGGUGAGGGCGUUGAUCGAGGCGGACGCCUACCCUGGGCCCAGCCUCAUCCUGGCUUACACCCCCUGCAUCAGCCAGGGCUUCCCGAUGGCUGAGUCCAUCCAGCACUGCCAGAUGGCCGUGGACAGUGGGUACUGGCCGCUCUACCGCUUCAACCCCGAGCUGGCGGCGCAGGGCAACAACGCCUUCCAGCUGGACAGCCGCAAGAUCAAGGGCGACCUCUUCAAGUUCCUGGCCAAGGAGAACCGCUUUGCGGCGGUGAUGCGGCGAGACCCCAAGCACGCGGAGGAGCUGGACAAAAAGCUGCAGGAGAACCUGAUGCAGAAGAACCACCUGCUGCAGGUGCUGAACAAGGAGGACCUGGAGGGCCAGUUCAGCAAGCUGGUGGAGGGCCUCUCCGACGCGAAGAGCUCCGAGAGUGCCGUCACCGUGCUCUAUGGCAGUGAGACCGGCAACGCGGAGGAGCAGGCUAAGAACUUGGUGCAGGAUUUGCAUGCUCGCGGCCUGAAGGCCGCUGCCAGUUCCCUGGACGACUUUGAGUUUGAGGAGCUGCCGAAUCAGAAGAUCCUGAUUUUGGUAGUGUCCACUUGCGGGCUGGGGGAGUACCCAGCCAACUGCAAGCAGACCUGGCUGAAGCUGCAGUCGGAGCUGCCGAUGUCCUGGCUGUCGGGUGUGAAGUUCUGCGUCUUUGGGCUGGGAGACUCCACCUACAGCCAGUUCUGCGUGGCCGCGGCAGGCUUCGACACGCGCCUGGGGGAGCUGGGCGGCCAGCGGAUGCUUCAGCGGGGCGUGGGCGACGACCGGGACGAGGACCGGUACUACACCGGCUGGGAGGCGUGGCUGCCUGAGCUGUGGAAAACGCUGGGCGCGCCAGCCCUGCCGCUGAGCCAAGACGUGCCGGUGCCCAGCUACCGCGUGGACGUGUCCGCAGGUGGCAAGGCCCUGCCCGUGGCGGAUGACGACAUCGUGCCGCCCGGGGCCAGCCGGCUCACGCUGCUCACGAACUCCGUGCUCACGGGGGACGCCAAGUAUGAUCGGGACAUCCGGCACUACGAGUUCAAGAUCGAGGGCACCAACGUGUCCUACAAGACCGGGGAGAGCCUCGCCAUUUGGCCUCGCAACCCCAAAGACAAGGUGCUAGAGUUCUGCGAGAUGAUGGGCUUGGACGCCUCGCAGCAUCUGCGGGUCUUGCCGCUGGAGGGUGCCCGGAACUGGUGCCCAACAGAGCUCAGCGUGCGCCAGCUCUUCAGCCACGUGCUGGACAUCUUCGGGAAGCCCAACCGCAAGUUCUUUGAGACGCUGUCGCUCUUCGCCAAGGACGAAAGCGAGCGCAGCCAGCUGCGGAGCAUCGUGGAGAACAGCAAGGAUGGCGCAGCUUUGUACCGGGACCUCACCCACGACUUCGCUCACCACGCAGAUGUUUUCAAAAGAUUCGCCUCUGCGCGGCCCCCCUUGGAGCACCUGCUGCAGAUGAUGCCCGUGCUGAAGCCAAGGUCCUACUCCAUCGCCAGCUCCCCGCUGAUGCACCCGGACAAGAUCCAGCUCUGUGUGGUGCUGGUGGAUUGGACUGUGGAAAGCACCAAGGAGCUGCGCCUGGGGGAGUGCACAGGCUACAUGCAGACGCAGCCGCCCGGCGCGCAGAUCAUGUGCGCGGUGCGGUCCAGCGCCAUCGUCCUGCCGCAGGACGCGGAGAAGCCCGUGAUCAUGGCGGGCAUGGGCACGGGGCUGGCGCCCUGGCGCGCGGUGACACAAGAGCGGGUGAUGCAGAAGCGCUCCGGCCUGAAAGUGGGGAAGUGCAUGCUCUUCUUCGGCGCCCGGUACAAGGUGGAGUGGCUCUACCGGGAGGAGUUUGAAACCUACGAGAAGGAGGGCGUGCUGCAAAUGCACUGCGCCUUCUCGCGGGAGCAGGCGCGCAAGAUCUAUGUGCAGCACCGCAUCGUGGAGGCCGGCCAGGACGUGGCUGAAUGCAUGUUGAACCAGGGCGGCCACUUCUACGUUUGCGGAUCUGCACGGCAAGUUCCGGAAGAUAUUUACACAGCCAUGAAGGAGGUGAUGAUGACACAUGAGAGGUGUGGCGAGGAAGAUGCCGAAGCUAUCCUUUCCAACUUGAAGAUGGAGGGCCGCUACACCGUGGAAGCUUGGUCGUGA